GGCUAUGGUUGGGUAAAAGUUCGUUACAAGAAUAUGGAGUGUCUCUUUCCAGAGUAAAUUUUUGUAAGAUUUAUUCAAGUAGAAUAUGGGUGGAAUGAUGAUGAAGUGAAGAGAUGGAAAUGAAAUUCAAAUAUUCUUCUGACAACUAGCUGUCAGUGUGACGUCUCUUUGUUUUGAUUUUGAUGAGUGGUAUUUUGGUUUGAAAAUGUGCGAGAACGUUCUGGACGCGGAAAAUUGGAAACUGGAGGCUCAGGCCGUGAUCAACGACAUAAAGGAGCACGUGGUGAGGGUGGAGAUCAGCGAGGUGCUGCAGAGCUCGGAUCGACGCAUCUUCCUCAAUUUGACCACGUUGGAGGAGCGCGACUACUGCGUGGAGCUCUCGGGAAGCGGAUUCCGAGUGGUCGCAGAACGUCACGACGAGAUCAGCAGCAGCAGCAGACCGGAAACGGAAGAGGAACACUUCGAGACGCCGUACAGCCUGCUGAACUCGCUGAGCCCCAUGUUUGGACAGUCGUUCGGUGAUGCGCUGAUGGCGAAGCUGGCCUCUAUCCAGAAUUAGGUUAGGUGCCAGGGAUUUUGUAGCGUAGUUGGGGACUUUCGUUGCAGUUGGCGCUCGUGUUUGUUGUCGGAGAGUGCAGCAGCAAACAGUGAGAGAGGAGAGAGUUUCGGGCUGGUCGACGACGGAACAAUGAUCAGCAGUGACACAUUUAUGACACGGAUCUCGGGAAUUAUGAUACUGAAAACAGUCGGUUUGGGUGUUUAAUCCAGGUGCGAACUCGUCCCGAGCUGCCGGUUGCUGUGUGGAUGUGCGUGCGUUCGUGAUAUCUACUAUCUCCUCUGGGCUCUGCCUUCAUCAUCAUCAACAUCUUCUCUCCUUUGCACGGAAACCCAAGAUACGCUACUCCUCUACUGCUGCUCAUUCUCUCCGCGAAUUGAUCUAACCCAAACAGACGCACGAAAUGAUCCCAGUCCUCUAUUAGGUAAGUUCUCGUGUAACUCGAUGGCAAACACACAACGCUAUCAAACCCACCUACUAAUUACUUUCAUCCAGGUUCGCCUUUAUGUAAUAAUACUAGAACCAUAACACUGCGCGCACACGGACGAGGAGGAACAAGCAAAUUUAUUGCUGCGACCUUAACAUUUACGAAAAUAAACAUCAACGUCUGCCGUGAUUCAAAACAUUCUCGGCCCUUUUUUAAUUACAUUAAUUGCACGUACUUGUAUUAUUUCGCAUUUCCUUACGUUCAUAUAAAACAAAAAAAGGACAAAGACAUGCAAAGGUCAACGGGAUGCUUAAUUCACAAUUAUUAUAUUUGUCGUCGUCAUUAAUCGGAGAGACGUAAAUGUUCAUUUCGCAAAGUUUAAUUAAAUAAUUAAUUAGAAACGGCGCUCUCUGUCCCAUAUCAAUUUCCAGGUGACAGUUCGAGGCAAAAAACAAUGCAGCACUUAAAAUUACGUUACGAAACUAUCCUAAUUCAAAGUUAAUUCGACGUGUAAUUAAAAUGUCCAAAUGAAACUCGUACAGCAUCUGCGGAAAACGCAGCGAGCGAUGAGAUGCAUUGUACGCCGGUCAAAGGUUGCAACUGCGACGAGAAUUACAUAAAAAACAAAGAUUAUUAUGACAGUUUUAGAAGAAAUAUAAAUACGUUGAUUACUCAGCAACCUAAUAAGAAUGUUAUCAACGUGAAAUGUAAUCUUUCAAUUUGAAGAUUAUAGAAAUUGGUUGUUUUUUUUUUACUAACUUGACAGAUAUAUUGCUACUGUAGUCGACAGAUUCAGUU